AUGAAGAGAAGUGAGCUAAGUCGGAGAAAAGAAUAUAUACGAGAAUUAGCAAAAUCUUCUCAGCUCCAUAAAAAUGGGGGCCAUGUUGAGAAAUUGUAUGUGCAUUUUUGGUCCUGUUUUGAACAUAAUUCAAUUUGCAUUUUCUUUUUUUCAGAUGCGGGGUCUCUUUUUACUUGUGGUGAUGGUUCUUUUGGUCAGCUUGGACAUGGUGAUUACAAAUCACAUUGCUCUCCUGUGAAAGUUGCAUACUUUGUUGACAACCAUGUUGAACAGAUAGCAUGUGGUAUGCGCCAUUCGCUUGUCUUAUCGAAAGGUCGUUCUGGAGAUCGAGUUUAUGCAUUUGGGUCUGGGAAACGUGGUCAAUUGGGUAUCUCAAAGGAUAAGAUCAAUAAAGUCAAUCUUCCUGAAGUUACUUGCGGAUUGGAAGGCACCAAAAUUGCAAGUAUAGCUGCAAAUGGCGAUCACAGUGCAGCAUUAUCUGCUGAUGGUCACCUUUACACUUGGGGAAGAGGGUUUCCUGGAAAUUCAGAUUUUCACCGUCCUAUGUAUGUACCUACAUUGUUUCGCCUUACCAGCACUGCUCUUGGAUGGAAUCAUGCUCUUCUAUUAACAGGUAAUGGAGAAGCUUUGAUGCUUGGCGGCAACCACCACGGAGUUCUCAGUAACCCAGAUAAACUAAGUUCAGCAAAGCUCUUACAAGAUUCAAAGGAAGGCGUUCUAGAAGACGUCCCUGGUCUAGAAGGGCAAAAAGUUGUGCAUAUUGCAGCUGGAGCUGAACACUCUGCUCUUGUAACUGAGAAUGGACUUGUCAAGACGUGGGGUUGGGGUGAACAUGGUCAGCUUGGUUUGGGAGAUACAUGUGAUCAAACCAGCCCUCAAACGGUAAAUCUUUGCCAGGAUGGUCCAAAUGAGGCUGCCAAAAUUGAGGUUUAUUGCGGCAGUGGGUUUACAAUUGCCAUAAGAACUCCAACUGUUCUUUCCGGGACCUGAUUAACCUUCUUUGUGGAUGUGACCUUGUUUAAGCAGUGAAUAUUCUCACGCAGGUCAUUUCCCAAUACUUGCUAAUCAUAAGAAAUAAAGAAAAUGACAUCUACAUAUUUUAGUUAUACGAAAAUAUUUCCUUGCAGAUCUAUAGUGUAAUUUUUUUAAUAACAUCUAUGGUGUAAAUUGUAAAUACCUACCUAACACUUAAUUUUUUUUCCAGU